AUGUCCAGUGAUGAACAGUCUGAUAAAGAGUGCCCCUUGUGCAUGGAAGCACUCGAAAUCGAUGAUAUCAAUUUCUAUCCUUGCAAAUGUGAAUAUCAAAUAUGUAGAUUUUGUUGGCAUCGAUUGCGAACCGAUGAGAAUGGGUUAUGUCCGGCAUGUAGACAACCGUAUCCGGAAGAUCCUGUGAACUUCAAACCUCUGACGGCUUCAGAUGUCCAGAAGAUGAAAACAGAAAAGCGACAAAAACAACAGCUGCAGAAAAUCAAGAUAUGCGAGUCUAGGAAACAUCUAUCCUCAUACAGGGUGCUACAAAAGAAUCUCGUAUAUGUAGUAGGUUUGUCGGCUAGGGUUGCAGAUCCAGAAACUUUAAAGAAGCCUGAGUAUUUUGGAAAAUAUGGCCGCAUACUGAAGGUUGCUGUGGGUUCUUCAGCAUCACUGAGUGGUCCACAGUCGGCAUCAUGCACAGCUUAUGUAACUUACGCGAGAUAUGAAGACGCACUUAGAGCUAUACAGGCUGUUAAUAAUGCACAGUUAGAUGGACGUAUUGUGAAGGCAUCACUUGGGACAACUAAAUAUUGUACAAAUUUCCUUCGCAGUCAGCCCUGUUAUAAACCGGAGUGUAUGUAUCUGCACGACGUGGCAGAUACUGAAGUCAGUUUUACCAAAGAUGAUAUGCACCUUGGGCGACAUGCGGAAUAUGAAAAACGAUUGAUUGAAUCAACUCUCAGGGAGAAAAGUCAAGGUGAAAGGACGUCGUUUAUGACUCAUACGGGUGGAAAGACAUCAAAAAGUGAAAGCGCAGAGCGUGAACCGGAUUUUCGCUCAAUACCGAUGGAUAAUACGCAGGACAAAGGGAAAUUCUUUCAGAGUAGAUCAUCAUCGAGUGAUAUAAAGAUAACUCUAAACAAAAUGAAUGGGGAGAUGCUAGGAAAUCAGUUGUCUUCUGUGACAAAUAAAUUGAUUAGUAAGAAUAAAGGGGCAGAUAAAGAAAACGAAGCUCGAUCUCAGUUUGAGAAAAUUUCGGAAAUAACAAAUGACACACCAUCGUCGGCGAUGCUUGAACAAGUGAUGCCUGCAGGAAAAGUUAAUGAGGGGAUUGGUUCAAGAUCUCGGUUGUCAGAAUGGAUUUCAUCUAACCAAAGUGUUAUGCCGCUUACGGCCACUACAUGCGCUUCAAUAGAGAAAAUGUUUUUAAAUACUAAGGAGAAAGUGGAUGUGAACAAUACGAAAGCGUUACCGAACAACCAUAGUUCACAGUCGGUAAAUGACACUGCACCAUGUGAUUGGCAACGGGCGCUAGGAAUUUGUGGAAAAGUUGACAGCUUGACAACAAAGAAUGCGACCACAGAUUUCGCUACACCAUUGUUUAGUUCGCAAACUAGAAUGUUGCCGAAGAGUACACGUCUUAGUGUACAUAGUGAUGAUGAUUUAGGCUUUGAUCCUAUUUCGGAGUCCGCGAAAGGUCUAGCAGAUUUGUUGGAGGAAGAAAAAACGAUUUUGCCGCAGUGCUCAACACAGAAUGUUAGUGGAAUGACGUCUGUAUCGUCGUCACUGAUGUCACUGGGUCUGCAAUGUGGUUGGCCCUCGAUGGGUAUUUCGAAUGGUGCUUCUCCAAUGUCGAUGAAAAAUGCACUUGGAACAGAUGUUGAUUUAACAACGGCAACGAACAGUUACGUCAAUGUCGAUUUUUCACAGCCAUUAAAACUUCCCUCACAGACCGCCCAGACAUUCAACCAGCAGCUGACAUCAGUAUUUUACACUAAUCAGUACUCGCCACAUGCGUAUUUCCCACCUUCAAAACCGCAGAUGAUUCGAGUGAAUAAUUUCGUAAAUCCACCCACUAAUUUGGCUUUCAAUUCAGCACAACAACAGCGAUGUCCCUCCUUCAACAGUAAUACACAGUAUCAGUCAAACGUUUCUUUGACUACAACAAACCAGAUUGAUGGUGCUAAGCUUCACGAGUGGCAAGAAGGUUUUCGGGCGCUGCUACCGAAUGUAAAUGUUCGUUUCGUACCCGAUCUUAAUACUGCAGGUUAUUCACCUAGUCGGACAUCACCCAUGGAAAUGCAACGCACUAGCAGUCAAUUUCCUUCAUCCAUAAAUUAUGAUCAAACAAUGCCAAUGUCAGCACAGCUUUUGAAUUCAAUGGCAUCACCUGCUUCUCCAUCGGUAUCAUCCAUAAAUUCCUACUCACAUCCAUCACAACAAUGGAUGAUGCCUCCACCUGGUUUUUCAUACGUCUCCAAGCGAUGA